AUGCCUUCAUCACAUCCAAAACAAACAGACCAUGACAUCCCAAGCCUACGUCAAAAAUCAAUCCAAUCCGUCAAGACACUCCUCACACCACGCAAUCCCCGACAAUUCUCCAAACUACUCCAAUUCAGCCCCCUCAAACCCUCUCCAUCUGAGCAGCCCGGUAAAUCAACCCCAUCAUUCCACCUCUUCCGCGAACUCCCAUCCGAAAUCCGCACCAUGAUCUGGAGCAUUUACAUCAGCUUCCCUCGCAUCCACAUCCCCACCCCUAGCUCCGAAAUCACACCUUCAAACCCCUCCCCUCUCAUCCUAACCCGCGCUCCUCACCUCCACCCCUCCCUCUACAUAUCCCACGAAUCGCGCUCCACCUACCAACAAACCUGCUGGUUAGAAACCCUCCGACGCAUGCACAUGCACACUCGCACGUGUACUCAAACCCCCACAUUACAUCCGCGCUCCGCAUCAUUCAGCUCGCAUUCUUUCAUGCACUGUGUCGAAGGAAACGAAUUGCUAAAUUGGGACACGGAUAUUUUCUGGUUCAAGGGAAUUUCAACAGUGAAGAGGUUAUCAGAGGGGAGUUUACGGAGUCAGAUGAACGGCUAUGAGGAUGUGCGGAAGGUGGCGCUUGAUUAUACGGUGUUGGAUUAUGAGGAGGAGAGUGAGCAUUGGAGGAGGAGGUUUAAGAUUGGUUGGUAUGGUUUGGUUUGUGUGUUGCAUUUGUUUGAGUAUCUUGAAGAGGUUUAUUUUGUGCUUGAUGCUGAGGGGGAUGUGAAAGCGGAUGUGAAGGGGAAUACGGAGGUGUCGUUUGAGUUGGUGGAUGUAGAGGAGAGGGUAAGGAGGAGAUUGGAGGGGUUGGAUGAUAGAGGUGUGUAUCCAGCGUUAGAACGGCUAUUUUCUCGCUGGGAACGGUGUCAUGGGUGGAAGAAGCCAAAAGUCCAAUUUGUUUAUGCUAGGAAUAUUGGUUGA